AUGUCGUCCAACUCGAAACCAGAGGUUUCUCCUCUCGCACCUCCUCAACCCGCUCGGCCCAACAACACCAACCUCGCUCAUCUCAAUCCUCUUCCACCCUCUGUGUUCACCUUGCCACAAACAGCUCAACUUGAGGCUCUGUACACAAUCAUCAGGGACAAGGAGACCUCUCGAGGAGACUUUCUUUUCUAUUCGGAUAGAAUCAUUCGACUGCUUGUUGAGGAGGGUUUGAACCAUCUACCUGUCGUGGCACGAACGGUGGAAACGCCCACUGGUGCCGUCUAUAAUGGUGUCGGUUUCGAAGGCAAGAUUUGUGGAGUGUCAAUCUUGCGUGCUGGGGAGGCGAUGGAGGCUGGUCUGCGGGAGGUAUGCAGGAGUGUCAGAAUCGGCAAGAUCUUGAUCCAACGUGAUGAGGAGACUACACUUCCAAAGCUUUUCUACUCGAAGUUUCCUCAAGAUAUUGCGUCGCGUUAUGUGCUGUUACUCGAUCCUAUGCUGGGUAAAUUAUCAAUUUCUCAAAUGUUUCGUCAACAAGCUGACGCAUUCUCUGUAGCAACGGGAGGCUCAGCCAUGAAAGCCGUGGAGGUAUUGAUGGAGCACGGCGUGCCCGAGGAACGGAUCAUCUUCAUCAACCUGAUUGCUGCACCCGAGGGACUAACUACGUUCUGUUCUCGAUUCCCAUCGUUGAAAGUGAUUACAGGAUGGAUUGAUCAGGGUCUCAAUGAUAAAGCUUAUAUUAUUCCUGGACUGGGAGACUUCGGUGAACGCAGAUACUGCACAUAA